AUGGCCACGGUUACCGGCUGCACACCCCACGGCGGGUGCUCCCGAAUGCAAAGACCGCAUCUCAGCAAGAUGGAGCGGGUGAUCGUGAGUAUGCAGGACCCUGACCAGGGCGUGAAGAUGCGGAGCCAGCGCCUUCUGAUCACCGUCAUUCCCCACGCGGUAGCGGGCAGAGACAUCCUGGAAUGGCUGGUUCAGAAGUUCUGCAUCUCGGAGGAGGAAGCCCUGCACCUGGGCACACUCCUGGCGCAGCACGGCUACAUCUACCCACUGCGUGAGUCCCGAGACCUGACGCUCAGGCCGGACGAGACCCCCUACAGGUUCCAGACACCCUACUUUUGGACAAGCACUCUGUGGCCAGCUGCUGAGCUGGACUAUGCCAUCUACCUGGCUAAGAAGAACAUCCAAAAACAAGGCGCCUUAGUGGACUAUGAGAAGGAACAUUAUGCCCUGCUGCACAAGAAGAUUAACCAUGCGUGGGAUCUAGUAUUGAUGCAGGCUCGAGAGCAGCUGCGGGCUGCUAAGCAGCGCCGGAAGGGAGACAGGCUGGUCAUUUCGUGUCAGGAGCAGACAUACUGGCUGGUGAACAAGCCCCCUCCUGGGGCACCUAACGUUUUGGAGCAGGGUCCUGCGAGGGGCUCUUACAACUCCAGCCACAUGCCGAUGACUUAGAGCCCGGAUUUCUAUAAGUGUGAGAUCGAGUGCUUCAGGAAGGCAUUGUGCAGGAACCGGGUGAAGUCCUCCGUCUGCCUCGAGGCGUACCUGAAGUUCAGCAGCCAGCAUGGGCCCCACGAUCCCAUCAUGUCAGGGUGCCUGCCCAGCAACCCCUGGAUCACAGAUGACGUCACCUACUGGGCCAUGAAUGCGCCCAAUGUGGCUGCCCCCACAAAGCUCCGCGUUGAGCGAUGGGGCUUCAGCUUCCGGGAGCUCCUGGAUGACCCCGUGGGGCGCAACCACUUCAUGGACUUUCUCCAGAAGGAAUUCAGUGCGGAAAACCUCAGCUUCUGGGAGGCGUGCGAGGAGCUGCGCUUUGGCAGUCAGGCCCAGGUCCCCGCCUUGGUGGACUCUGUGUAUCAGCAGUUCCUGGCCCCUGGAGCUGCCCGCUGGAUCAACAUUGACAGCAGGACGAUGGAGCGGACCCUGGAGGGGCUGCGCCAGCCUCACCGCUAUGUCCUGGACGCAGCUCAGCUGCACAUCUACAUGCUCAUGAAGAAGGACUCCUAUCCGAGGUUCCUGAAGUCUGACAUGUACAAGGGCCUCCUGGAGGAAGCUGUGAGCCCUCUGGAGACAAAGCGCUGGCCUUUUGCAUUCCUGCGGAAGCCUCUGCACUCAAGCCCCAGCCCUGCUCUCCAGUCUGCCCCUGGGGAGCCUGCAGCAGCCAGCUUCCCUGCCAGUGGCGAUGGGGACAAGCUAUACCCAGUGGCUCCUUAGGAGACUGUCUGCAGCAGGUGCCGGUUUACUGCCAUGCACGGCAUCUCUUCCACCUGUCUUCUGAUCAGAUCCACAGAAAGGCAACUCCACGUUGUUGUCCUGACUGUGGGGCUCCCAGAGCUCUCAGGGCAAGUCUUUGUCCAGCUGACAGCCCUGGCAUCCCGCCUUUCUGUCCAGGUUGUCCUGUGUCACCAGCAUUGCCACCCCCCAGCCCCAGUGGUAGAAAUAAAGAUGGUACCUCCUUCUGCCAUGUAGCUCCCAACAGGGCUGUUUUCUAGUCUUCCCCCUCACAACCCAUUUCUACAGAAAUAAAAGUUUCAGGCCCUUG